GCAUCAGUCACCCAACCCCUCUUUAUAUUCCCUACCUUCCUCCACCUUCUGCCUCAACAUUUCUAUCAUCUCUCUCCCUAAGUAUCCAUGGACUCCACACCCACCAGACCACCAUAUUUCAUCGAAGAAGAGGACGAUACUCAGGCUUCUCUAUCAGAUAUGGAGGCUGGAUUCUCUGGCAACCACCUUUUCUUCUCUAGGUCCCACAGUGCUCCUCACAGGAGAGGUAGUUUGAGAAACCUCUCUUUUUACAGUGCUUCUUCUCCGAGAUCUGCCAGGUUUUAUGAUGCUAGAUUUGAAGAUCAUCAACCCCAUUUUCUUGAAGCUUGUUUUCUUUGUAACAAACCCCUUGGAGAUAACAGAGAUAUCUACAUGUACAGAGGGGACACUCCAUUCUGUAGCGAAGAGUGCAGACAAGAGCAGAUAGAGAUGGAUGAGGCCACAGAGAAGAACCGGAGUAUUUCUUCCAUUAAAGCCUUUAGAAAAGAGCAGAAAACGUCGUCAACUCCAAGCAAAUCUCAGAACUAUCCUUUCAGAACAGGCACAGUGGCAGCCGCUUAACACUACCUCCAAUAACAAAAGAAGGCAAAUAAUAAAUAAUAUAAAAAAUAUUGGAAAAUCUAUGGAGAGGGCCAAGGGGAAGAGAAACAAGAAGAAGUGAAUAUUUUUUUUUUCUUUUUGGUUUUCCUUUUUUGGCAAAAUAUACAUACUGUGAAUGUUUAUAUGAGGAGUGUCUUGCAUGAAUAUGUGGUAUGUAAUGGAUCUCUCUUUUUGGGGGUUUCCUCCUCUUGGCAAUAUCAAAUAUGGAAAAUUUGGAGAACCAUA